AUGGCGAAGAACUCAAAAUAUCGUGCCCAGAAGCCGAAGGCCCCGGCAACGGCGCCAGUAGCUGCGAGCAGCGAGACUGAGGAAGAAAUACCAGUGACGGAGCCACCGUUGGUCCCGGUAGUUGGAGGGACCACGGAUGUGCUACCAGCUGUGAAAGAGUCCAAAAGCGAAGAAGUCCGGAAGACGAUGGAAGAGAUGGCCAAGGCGAACAAGGCCACGGGUAGCACGCGAGCGGCGCCCAUGACCUGGGACGAAACGCGGCGGCGAUAUGGCGGUCAAACCAUGGGACCUAUCUGGGAACAACUACCACGACCCCCAAUGGAAGGCACCUAUGACGACGAAGAUUACCCGCCGCCAGAGAAGUCCGAUGCCGAGAAGCGAGCGGAUAAAAUGGCGGAAGCUCGAGAUAAGCUACGUGCAGAACGACGGAAUUGA